CCUUGUUCCCCAUCUGCAAAAAUCAACACACAAUAAAUUACAAUCCUUGUAAUUUUGCUACUACACAAACACGUAAAUAAUAAUAAAUGGGGAGUUUCCACUAUUAAUUAUACUGAUAGAAGAAUAGAAUGGUGACCUCCACGUCGCUCCCACCCCCCACGACUGACCUUUACUCCUACUACACCGUCAAACUCACGAGAUGGAAGGGGAACUACCCCCGAAUCUUCACGCUGUCCACGCACGGGCUGACGACCUACAACCACGACUCCGACCGUACAAACCACUGGCAAUGGCCGGAUAUAUUUUCCCUGAGCCCACUGUCCACCCCGGACCACCCACACGCCUUCCAGCUGACUCACCGCAAAGGCAAGUCCACGGACACGAUGCGCUUCGAAUCCGAAUAUCGAGUGGAGAUUCUGAGCAGAGCCUUGGAGUUUGUGAGCAGUUUUGGAAAAAGUGGAUGGACGGAGGGGAUCUGUAAUAAAUCCGGGUGGAGAGGAGGUGGUGGUGGUGGUGGGGCGGAGAAGUUUUGCCACGGCUCAGCCACGUCCACCCCGAUAACAUUAAAUCUAACCCACAUCUCCCUCGAGCAAAUCACGGACCAGGGAGAGAAGAAAAUCUACUAUUUUAAAGACUUGGACGCAGUUGUUGAAGGAGAAGAAGGCGUUUUCGCACUCAGAAAGAAAUUAACCGAGCGAUUGCACAUCUUCCGAACGACAUCCACCUCCUCCCUGAUCGCCAAACUCCUCGAAAACUCGACCCACUACCUCGGCCAUAACCUAACCUAUAUAAAGUCCACCUCCCCCCUCCCAACCCUGCUCUCCAAUCGCUUGGGCAUUUUUUCAGCCGACGUCCAUUUAAUCUCGUUGUCUGAAUUCCGCCUACAAAACGAUAAACGUCUCCGCCUUCUCCUCUGUCUCAGCGAAACCUGCCUCCUCGAAAGGGAUCCGGGGAGCUAUGCGAUAAAAUCGCUCUUCCCCUUGUCCACAAUAUUCUCCUUGGUCCGCUGCGUGGACGAUUCUCAGGCCGUGGUGAUUGAGUUUACGACGGGCUCGGGUCCGAGGACGUAUUUUUCUACAGAGCGUGACUCUCUCCUCGCUUCGUUGAUGGACGGGACGCGGGCGGCGGGGAACACGGCCGUUCAUGUCCAAUCCAGAAUUACUCCGCAAGGGAAACGUUGGGGGCCCAUCUCCAAUCAUGUCGAUGAAAAGGUGGAGACGCUGUUUUUGAAAUUCCUCCAUCAACCUCCGCCGAGUUGGUCCUUUCACGAGCUCCUGAUCAGGUUCAACGCCAACGUGGAGUAUUCCGGACUCAUCCACUCCUCAUCGUCCAAUGGCCUCUUCGCUGAAAACAAGGAAAAACUGAUCCUCGUCGCCAUAAACGCCCUGUUAACCAAAGACGUGUCCGAACCUGAGUAUGAAGAUUUUUUCCAACUCGUCCGACGAUUGGUUUGCUCCAAAACCGGUUUCGCUGCCUUCUCGGAAAUGCAAACCUUCCGCGAACGCCUGGGAUCCCUGGUCGUGGCAGCAUUGAGAUCCACGACAACCACGGAGACGACUAUCCACUCCGCCUUGGAAGUUAUCUCUGCUUUGAUGCAACCCAUGCAUUCGGAUUCAGAUUUAAGGAUCGAACAGGAAAAUAAGGAAAAGGUUUUAAACAGUGGGAAAUUCUUGGAUUCCUUGCUCGACAUGUGGACAAGUUGCAUGAAGAGGGGAACCGGGGCGUUGGUUACAUUGACCAUGCUGGACAUUUUGACGUUUGCGCUUUGUGCUCCAUAUUCGGAGACGACGAUGGGUGGACAAUUUGACACCUUGUUACAAGCAGUGGCUGGAAGGGCCUCCGUUCUCUUUUCACUCUUUCAACACCCCUCCAUCGCUAUUGUAAAAGGCGCAGGGCUGAUAACGAAGGCCCUGAUAGAAGAAGGACAGGGAACACUGGGUCGUGAAAUCCAAGACAUGGCCCUGAAAGAAGGCGCUUUGAUACGCCACCUCCUCUCCGCAUUAUUCGUACAAACUUCGGACCCAAGAUUGCUAACUUUACGUCAAUUAUCACGCCAUUUAAUUCAAUUGUGGACCUCACAACAUGACCAAAGCAAGGAUUUACUUCACAGGAUUUUUCCACCCGGCCUCCUACUCUAUUUAUCCUCCACCUCCCAACCCCCCGAAUCCCCUGCGACGUCCCCAACGGAGCCAGAUUAUAUUCAUACUCGUGAUACCCUUGCCAUUGCCACGUCAAUUUACAAAACCCCAACCACGCUCCAACGCCAAGUGAGGAACGUGGAGAAAUACGUAGAAAAACAAGUAGAAGCAGCCCUGAAACAUUGGCGAUUAAAUGUGGCGGUGGAGGCGAGGAAAAACGUUGCCUUUCGACCCGUUGCUCUAAGGAAAAGGAGACAAAAUCUUGUUUUAGAAGGGAAUUGGACAUGGUUCUAUUAUGGAUUUCUUAAAGAUGUGGCCGCUCCGGAUUUAAUUUGGAACUUUCAAACGAGAGAGGAGUUGAGGGAAAGCCUCCAGAACGAAAUCCGCCUUUUAGACAACGAUCGUGAGCACAUCCGCGGAAGUAUUUGUUGGAAUUACGCCGAUUUCCAAGUCGUGUACAAAUCACUCAACGAUGAAAUACGCGUUGGUGGAUAUUAUCUCCGAUUACUGUUGGAUGAAAAAUCAUCUACGACGAUCACGUCAACGAUUCGAAAUCCAAAAGAAUUCUUUGCAGAUUUAUACCAUCGAUUUCUAUUAACUGGGAAACCGGAAUUACGUGGAAUGUGCUUGGAAGCGAUGACCAUCGUUUAUCAAAGAUAUUCCGUAGAAAUUGGGGUUUUCAACGAUUUGAAAUUCGUCGUGCUGAUGUUGGAAAGGUCGCUGGACAAAUCGGAGCGCGAUCGCCUGGUCCUGUUCAUCCAACAACUGGUGAAACAUUCCGAAAAUGCUCGUGAACUGGUGACUUGUGGUGGAUUGAAAAUCCUCGUGGAUUUAUUACCCCUGGCUCAUUUACACACGAGUCGUGCCACAAUUUCCACACAAAGCAAUGUGAUUGAAGCUGGGACUGAUAUGAAACAUGCCGACUCACCAGAAUGGUACUACAUGAAAGGAAAUGAGAAAAUUGGACCCGUAGGAUUUAAAGAGCUCCAAAAACUGUACCAAACUCAAAAGCUCGAGACUAAGACCAAAAUCUGGUCGAACGGAUUGGAUUCUUGGAAGCAGUUUGGCCUGGUUUCGCAAUGCAAAUGGUUCAUAAUCUGUGAAAAUCAACCAUCUUUAAUGAACGAAUCCAAAUUGGCAGCCGUGGUUUUGGAUAUUUUAAUACAAAUUUUACAAUUUUGUCCAUCAAAAAUUGGGGACUCAAUUAUCCGACCCGUUCAUAAAGCCAAACAAAUUUUAACGGAUGGAGCUUCUUGUUUCCCACACAUUGUACAAAUUCUACUCACUUUCGAUCCUCCCAUCGUCGAAAGAGUUGCCACUUUGCUUACUUUGUUACUGGAUGAAAACCCAUUCGCCUCUCGAGUGUAUGCGACGGGUGUGUAUUUCUUCAUCAUGAUGUACAUUGGGUCCAAUAUUUUACCAAUUGCCAAAUUCCUUCACCUCACUCAUCUCAAGCAAAAUACUUACUCCGCUCAGCAGGGCACGUCCAUCUGGCAAAAGUCCGUGUUGGGAUCCCUCUUGCCCGAAGCGAUGGUGGCGUAUUUAGAAAAUCAUGGCGUUGAGAAGUUUUCGGAAACAUUUCUCGGUGAAUUUGACACCCCCGAAGCCAUUUGGAGUGGAUCCAUGCGUCGUUAUUUAAUAGAAAGGAUUGCGCUGCAUUUAGCCGAUUUCUCACCUCGAUUGCUAUCAAACACGAGAGCCUUGUACGAUUAUUGUGCCAUCCCCGCUGUAGUUUACUCCAAUUUAGAAUCCGAAUUAUUCUGCGGGGUUUUCUACUUGAGGAAUUUAACGGAUGAAGUGAGAUUCCCCAACUGGCCAAUUUCCGACCCACUGUCCACCUUGCGUGAUGUUUUGGAGGCAUGGAAAAGCGAGGUCGAGAAGAAACCACCUCCGAUGACGGUGACGGAAGCCUUGCGUGCCCUGGACUUGGAUGAAAAUGAUGAAAAUUGGAGUGAACUGGUUAAAAAGAAUUAUAGGAAAUUGGCUCAAAAAUAUCAUCCCGAUAAAAAUCCUCAAGGCAGAGAGCGUUUUGAGUCAGCGAACAAGGCGUACGAGUUUUUAUGCAGUCGAAUGUGCAUUGAAAGUGCAAAUCCGGACGUCAACAGGAUAAUUCUAAUCCUUAAAACUCAGAGCAUCCUCUUCAAACGCUACGGAGAUGUCCUCUCGCCCUACAAAUACUCGGGCUACCCAAUGUUGAUAAAAACGAUAGAAAUGGACGUUGAGGACGAGGCCCUAUUUGCCAAAGAAUAUCCGCUCCUUCCCCACAGCGCCGAGGUGGUUUAUUGGACCCUCAACUGUUCCGCUCUCAACGUGGAAGAGUUGAGGAGAGAAAAGGGCCUUGAAUUAUUACUCGUAGCCUUCGAACGCUGUGUUUCCGUGCUCUCCAAAUCAUCAAAACCGGACGAUGUAGCCGUUAAAGUUUGUCUUUACGUUACCAAAUGUUUCACCGUCGCGACACAAUUCCAACUCUGUCGGGAUAAACUAGUGGAAAUGCCCAUGCUUGCCAAUUUACUCUGCCAAAUCUUCAAUUUUAAGCACCUCACGAAGCUGAGCACCACAGCCUCGACGUGCGUUUCUGCCAUGUCGAUUGAUACGAUUUUGCAGAUGCAACUACUCCAAUCGGGUGUUUUAUGGCAUUUACUCACGUCCCUCUUCACCUACGAUUUCACCCUCGAAGAAUCCGAAGUCCAAGCGGAUGAAGAGACGAAUUUACAAAUUUUAAUUAAUAACUUCGCAAAAUCCUCAGUCAUCGCUUUAAAAUCGCUCUGUGGAGAUGAAGAGAAACCUAAAAAUGAUGUGAUUAGAACGUCUUUAGAAAAUUUACUCUUGCCCUACGGAGCCAAAAUGAUAAUGACCCAAGCACCUGAACAAGUAUUGAAAACGCUAAACUCGAACAACUCUUCGCCAUAUUUAAUUUGGAACAAUGAGACGAGAGCCGAGUUGCUCGAAUAUUGCGAUCAACAACUAAAACUACUUAAGAGCGGUGAUAUUACGGACAUGACUUAUGGCUCAGACUUUAAAUAUUCCAUUCAUCAGGGGGAGCUGGUCAUUGGAUCGAUAUUCAUCCGAAUCUACACCACCACCCCCUCAUUCCAACUGGAAGAACCGAGCGGGUUCAUCACCUCCCUCCUGGCCUACCUCUCCACCACGGACCCCGAGACGCUGAACCCAAUUUCCAUCGAUGCCUUGACCACUGCGAUAAAGUCCAAUCCCGGUUUAGAACAUUUGUGUAAAGGGAAAUUCCGUCUGUUUGCCAAGUUUCUGCUCCAAUUUUGCCAAGAAAUGCUCCCACUGCUCGGCUGCCUCUUUGGAAAUCAAGAUUGCGUAGCGGAUUCAGUCGGCUCUGGGAUCCUCGCAGCCCUCAUGGUCAUUUGUGUAAGGGAAAAACCCGUGGAAAUCGUCCAUAACGGGUUAAACUGCUUGGGAAUGCUGGGGGCUCAUCCGGCAGUGGUUAAAGAGGGGGUCCAGAGGGGCCUCCCGAUCUACCUGCUCCACCUCUUCACCACCCCGACCCUGGACAGCAGCAUCCGAUCAAAAGCCGCCCAAGUGAUCUCCCGACUCACCUCCGACAAAGUAACCGGCCCCCGCGUCUCCCUCUUUCUCCACAAAUUAAUCCCACCGAUUUUCACCUCCGCCAUGACCGAGUCCCCACCAACCGCCGUCUCCCUUUACGACUCCUCCACUGAGAACCCAGAACUCGUCUGGAACGAUUCCUCCCGCACAACUCUGACCAAUUUCCUGCACGCCGAAUUCCCCCCGCUGUACGCCUCCCACUGCACCGACCUCUCCUCCGACUGGCUCUUCUCGAUGGACACGGCCGAGAACAUCCACUCCAACACGGAACUCAUCGUCGGUGAUAUUUAUCUCAGAAUCUACGUUGCAAAUCCAAAUUGGAGCUUGCGAAGACCACGCGAGUUCUUAAAGGAUUUACUCGAAUUUGGCUUUCAAAAUUUCGAUCGUGAAACUAAAUUAGUCUGCUCCGCGUUGAGGAUAAUUUUCGGUGGGAAUCCACACUUGUCCGACUCCUUAGUUUCAAUGGGCUAUGUUCCUAAAGUUUUACAAGGACUGAAUUCUAAUCAAGAGAAUUUGAGGAAGAUUUGCUGUGAAAUUUUACGUUUUUUCGGUUCAAGUGGUGCGAUUUUAGAGAUUUUAAUCAAUUUUGACUCGAUUGAAUUGAUUGUGAAGGGGUUGAAAAAGCUUGAGCGAGGGGUUGGGCUCGUCUGCGAAGGUGUGAAUGGUAUUUUUAGCAGUGGUGGUUGUAGCAGUGAACUCGUCGCUCAGGGUGUCAGGUUUGGCUUGGUGGAAAUCUUACUUAGUUUUCUACGUGGAAAGGACCAUUUGUUAGAAGAUCCGGAUGGAGGGGUGACCGUGGCGAGUGUCAAGGCGAAUAUUGUCCAUGCCCUCCAAGCCAUGGCCAGGGAUUCUGUUUAUGGAGCGGACGUAGAGGGGGUCCUGGGAGCCAGUGAUGUUUGGAAGGGCUACAGGGGACAGAAACACGACCUAUUUUUGGAUACCAAAGCGAUUGGAGGAUAUUUGGGAGGUGGGGGAAGUGGUUCCGUGGCUGGGUAUUUGACACAGGGAGGUGGUCCCGGAGGUGGUGCUGGCGUGGAUAAAAAAAUUGUUCCACCCCCAACGGAAUGAGUGUUUUUUUUAAAUUUAUUUAUAUAAAUCUUUUUGUGAUAAUAAAAAUUUAACCAGAUAUCGUGUUAAACGAUUGUUUAUAAUUAAUUAUUGACAAUAAAAUAAAAACGAAUUGUCAAAUGUAUCGUAAAA